AUGCAUGGUGCUACUAUCCCAGGCUAUACACAGAAGGACAUCAUGAACAUUGUUUUGCUUUCUACAAAUCCAAAAAAUUGCAAGCUUUGGAAGUCGCAUUAUUCCAAUUAUCUCCAAUACAGAAAAAAGUUGGGCCUUCGGGGCGCUGAUAGUUUAGAUAUCAGAUUGGGUGUAGAGUGUUGUGGAGUUCAAGAUCUUGGGUUGGAAUACUGUGGAAAAGAUGAAGGUGAUCUAGGAGUCUCAUGUUUUGUAUCACCAGCUAAUUCAUUCGGAUAUAUGAAUGGUGGGUACGAUUUGUAUCUCGCUGAGCUCUUUGCUCCAGAAUAUGACAGCAGUGAUAGUAUAAUCGAUUUCACUCCUUCUGGGAACUCUAAUGAAAAAUUAAAACGCGCUCCUGAAACAUCAAAUCUUGGUGUAGUGAAUCAAGAAACUGCAGUCUCUUCAGAAGGCUCCUUUUCUCAAACCCAGAGAAUUAUACAAUAUCAUCUUUCAAAAUCAGCAUUCAACGGGUACUUACCCCCGCAACUCCCCAAAAUUAUUGAUUUUCUAAAUUUUGAAAACUUAGAACUUUAUCCUCAUCAUCAUACACUAUUCCAUCCCCAUCUUAAUUCACCAGCUUGGAAAAAAUGCCAAGGCAGAUAUAUCUUGGUUUCUCCUACCAUGAGAACCCCACAUAAUUUGCCAAUGCAUAAUGCGCUUGACAUUACCAGAUGGGUGGUGGAUCAGUGUUGGAAUAUUUUUGCCGCAGUUGAAGAGCAUAAUAGAUUUUUGAAAUCAAAAAGCGACACAAUAUCUCAGGAAGAAAAUGCCGGUUCUGCUAUAAUUUCAAAUGCCGGUUCUGCUAUUUCAACCCUUGUGCUUCCUAGUCUUGGAACUGGCUACGGGGGACUUCCGCCUGGUCUUGUCAGUAAGGCAAUGAUUUAUUCAAUCAUUCUCUUCUAUAAUCUGGAUCUAGUGCACUGGAAGAAGAAGUACUAUGUAAUGCGACUACUAGGGUUGGACUGUCAAUGGUUGUUUGAUGGGGAAGAGGAGAUAUUGUCUUGUGAAGGGGAAGACAAGGAAUUUGAGCAGAAAUAUUUGGAUCUAAAGGCUUUUAAUUUAGAGAGUGGAACUUUUGAAGAUCUUUUUGAGCUUGGUUGA